AUGGUCAAGAAGGAACUUGAUUAUGUUAAUAAAUCACCUUCUCAAAAUGGUGAGAUUAAUGUUUAUGAAAUCGGCGAAAAGGACAAUAAGGAUUUGAGCUUUUUUGAGAAGCUUACGGACUCUUUUAAGAGAUAUGAUCAAGAGGAUUUGGGAAUUGAUCCUAAUUUAUCAGAUGUAGAAAAGGCAGCAAUUGCAACAGCUAAUUCGCCAUUGAACCGUUCGUUGAAGAAUAGACAUUUACAAAUGAUUGCCAUUGGUGGUGCUAUUGGUACCGGAUUGUUCGUUGCCUCCGGCCAGCGUUUGCAUACGGGAGGGCCAGCUGGUGUUUUAAUAGGUUACUCAGUUGUUGGAACGAUGAUUUUUGUCACUUGUCAAGCAUUAGGGGAGCUUGCUGUAACGUUUCCUGUAGCAGGUGCUUUUGUGACUUAUAACACCAGGUUCAUAGACCCUUCCUGGGGGUUUGCAAUGGCUUGGAAUUAUGCUAUGGGUUGGUUGAUUACGAUGCCUUUGGAACUAGUUGCUGCUUCUAUGACAGUUGCAUUUUGGAAUCCUUCAGUUAAUCCGGCCGCCAUUAUUGUGAUCUUUUAUGUUGUUGUUUGUUCCAUCAAUUUUUUUGGAGCUAGAGGCUAUGGUGAGGCUGAAUUUGUAUUUUCCAUUAUAAAAGUGGUAGCAGUAAUUGGCUUCAUCUUCUUUGGGAUUAUAGUUACUUGUGGUGGUGGUCCAAAUCACGAAUAUCUUGGUGCAAGAUACUACUACGAUCCAGGUGCUUUCGCUAAUGGGUUCAAAGGUGUUUGUUCAGUUUUCGUUUCUGCAGCAUUCGCAUUCUCGGGGACUGAAUUAGCAGGUUUGGCUGCAGCUGAAACUGCAAAUCCGAGAAAAUCUUUACCAAAAGCUACGAAACAAGUAUUCUGGAGAAUCACAAUAUUUUAUAUAGUCAGCUUGUGUUUGGUUGGAUUACUUAUUCCUUAUAACGAUAAAAGAUUGUUAGAGGGUAGUUCUUCGGCUGAUGCGAAGGCUUCUCCGUUUGUUUUGUCGAUCUACGAUGCAGGUGUUAAAGGAUUACCUUCCGUUAUGAACGUUGUUAUCUUAAUUGCAGUGUUGUCAGUUGGAAACUCUUCUAUAUUUGGCUCUUCUAGGACUCUUGCAGCAUUAGCAGCAUGUGGUCAAGCUCCUAAAUUAUUUGGUUAUAUUGACAAAUCGGGUCGGCCCUUAUUUGGUAUCAUAUUUCUGUGCUUGAUUGGAGCAUUAUGUUUUCUAGUGGCCUCAAAGCAAGAAGGAACUGUUUUCGAUUGGAUGCUGGCAUUGUCGGGACUUUCUUCUUUGUUCACUUGGGGAUCGAUAUGCCUUUCACAUAUACGUUUUAGAUGGGCAAUGAAGAAACAAGGAAGGGACUUGUCAGAGCUUGGAUUCACAGCGCAAACAGGAAUUUAUGGAUCUUACUACGGGUUUGGUUUAAUUGUUUUAGUGUUCGCAGCUCAAUUUUGGGUAGCCCUUUAUCCAAUUGGCAGCCUGCCUGAUGCCUCAGCCUUCUUUCAAGCAUAUUUAAGUUUCCCUGUUGUUCUUUUCUUCUAUAUUUGUCACAAGCUUUGGACAAGAAAUUGGAAGUUUUUCAUUAAUCUUGAAGACAUUGAUCUUGAUACUGGAAGAAGAGAGUUGGAUUUGGAUUUGUUUAAGCAAGAGCUCGCCGAGGAGAAAGAAAGGAUGGCAAGGAAGCCAAUGUACUACAGGGUUUGGAAUUAUUGGUGUUGA